AGAAUCAGUGCCCGGGUUCACUUUCGUUCUUCCCGAGGAUGAUCGAAGCAUACCCAACCAGAUUAUCAUCAUUCCAAUGUUGCAUAAACCAAUUGUUGACAGAAAAUAUGACAACGGUAAUCAAACAACUUCUAUGAGAAUCGAUUUCGUGGAUCCCUGGGACAUGUCAUCACCUAUCGGCAAGAUUGACUAUGAUGUCUUCCUUUUAUCCAGAGACAGCAAUGACUUUGCUGAUAAAUUGAGGCAGGGAAUCGAACCUUCGGAAUUCAUGAGGAUUUUAGGUUACUGGAGGAGCUUGGACAAUGAAAUUACCGAUCUAAUAUGCGCCGAAUUGGACAGUUCAGUUAAACAACAAGAGCACACGUAUAAUCUUCCAUGUCCGACACCUUCUCUACACUCAUCGAGUAUCGAAUGGGAACAGAGUUUGGUUGAAGGUCACUCCUUACACCCG